UUAUCAUAUUUCAGGCACGUAAGUGUGAUAUUUUUGGAAAAAAAUGAUGUCGGCUUCCGUUGAAACUCCAAGUUUUUGCUUUCCGAUCGUCAUUUUUGAAUAAUAUAUGACAAAGCAAAACCCUGGGCAUCUUUCCCCACUCUCCCCUAUAAGUCAAUGGGGAAAAAUUCAAACUGCUAUUCUGCCGCCGGGAACUAUCUCUAACUAUCUCAAUUCUCAAGCACACAGAAUCGUGAUUUGAUGCACUCCUUGCAAGAUGUCUGAUGGCGCAGCGGAAGCGGGAAGCAGCGGCUCGGCCAUUCCUCCCAAUGAGGACAGCGUCACAAUGCUGGACGUGCUGCAAGAGGAGGAGGAGCUUGACGAGGAUGCUGCCGCUGUGCUUGGAAACACAGAUGACAAGCAUUGCUCCUAUGAUCAGGGGUACAUGAAGCGCCAGCCACUGUAUUCGUGUCUGACCUGCUCGGACAAGGACCGGCCGGCCGGCGUGUGCCUGGCCUGCAGCUACCACUGUCACGAGGCGCACGAGCUGGUGGAGCUCUACACCAAACGAAAUUUCCGCUGCGACUGCGGCGGCUGCCGUAUGCCGGACGUCACGUGUCGCCUGACGGCCAAGACAGGCGACAACGAGGCGAACUCGUACAACCAGAACUACGCCGGCCUCUACUGCACGUGCAGCCGGCCGUACCCGGACCCGGAGGAUGCUACGCCCGACCAGAUGGUGCAGUGUGUCGUCUGCGAGGACUGGUUCCACGGACGGCACAUGGGCGUCCGUCCGCCCGCCGACAGCGACUACGCCGAGAUGACGUGCGCCGGGUGCGUGGAGCGGCUCCCCUUCCUCGGCCGCUACGCCGCCGAUACCGAAAUGGCAGCGAAUACUUCAAACAAAUCGCCAAAGAAAGUGUCCAGUGCUAGUCCAAAGAACAGUCCCAAGAAGGAGUCCUCGUGCCGGCUUCCGUCUGGAAAGCUGCCGUCGCCGUCCAAAGCCAAGGGGGCGCUGUUCUGGAAGCAGGGAUGGCGGAAACUUCUCUGCACAUGCGACGACUGUAAGGCGAUGUACCAGACCUCGUCGGUGGAGUUUCUUCUCGACGAGGAGGACUCUGUCGCGGCGUACGAGGCUCGCGGCCGCCGCGACGCCGGCAGCUAUGCCGCCGGCAUGCGCGCGCUGGAGAACAUGGACAGAGUGCAGCAGAUCGAGGUGGUGCACGAAUACAAUGAUCUGAAGUCUGAGCUGAUGAGUUACCUGAAGAAGUUCGCUGAGAACAAGAAGGUGGUCCGUGAAGAGGACAUCCAAGAGUUUUUCUCCGGAAUGAAGUCGCGGAAGCGGCAGAAGACCGAGAUGUCACACUACUGCCGAUGAAGUCGCCACAACAGAUCGCUCAUUGAGUUUUGCCCUUCGCCUCCCGGCCCAGCAUUCCUUCUGCCCUCGGGUCGCCUGCGUGAGGCACAGGCCACGACACGAGUGAUGUCGGUGACCGAACGGCAUAAAUUGAUGUGUGUAUUCUCAUUUGCGGCGAACGUGGAAUGUACCGGACCGGUGUCCAAAUGACGCCCGUGAUUGGUGAAUGAAAUUCGACAGUCGCGUGCUUCAUAGAUAUGUGAUAAUUGCUGAAAGGCUGAGGAGCUGGCUCGAAAUUGGCCGAACAAGUGUUGUAGAAAAAAAAUGUAUUUUUAAACGUCUGUCGUCACCACGCGAUUCAUCUCGUCUUUCCUGCUGAUAAAUCAGCGUCGUUUGCUGCCGAUUUCCGUGGCACAUUUGCCCUGUUUUUUUUUUUUUGUGUUUAUGUAAAUUGUGCAAACUCUACAUGUAUUUUUCGUGGCGCUCUUGAUUGACAAGAUAUUCAGCUGUAAAAUGUUGCUUAUUUUGUCAUGUUCUGAUACACUUUUGUCCUUGU